CUCAAAAACCCAUAUAAAGCUUUUUUUUAUUUGUUUUUUAAAAAACAAAGAAAAGCAACACAAGAAAAUGGCGUGGCCGAGCAACGUCGUCCUAGCGGCUUUGGUCACUUCCCUAGCGCUCCACCACGGCGGCGCUCAGCCGCAACCCGGCGGCCCGACGACGGACCGGCCGGCGGCGGGCCCCGGACACAAGAGCCAACAGCAGUGGUACAUGGACUCGCUGCCGAAGAACGUGACGGAGUUCCUCGACAACUGCACCGACCACAUGUCGGUGGACUGCGCCACGGAGGUGAUCAGCGCCAUGCUCCUCCGCCGCGACGUCUCCGACGUGUGCUGCGGCGAUCUCGUCCUCAUGGGGAUCGAGUGCCACUCCUCCUUGGUGAAGCUCUUCAUCCACUCGCCGGACCAGAAGGCCAACGCGCCGCUCAUCAUCGCCAAUAGCCAGCGCGUGUUUGACUAUUGCACCGUCGUCGACCGCAAGCGCCGCUACCCCACGGAGGUUGGAUUUUAGUAGGUUUAAUUUUGUUGACCGCUGAAGUCAAGAACAAAAAAAAAUGUACCAAAUAUUUCAAUUCUGCGAUUGUAUAUCAUACGGAGUACUAAUCUUGUUUAUGAAAUAUCAGUCCGCGAUGCCUCGAGAUUUUUAAUAAUGAUUUCACUACUGAAUAUAUAGAUACUUAGUUU